UCUCAGGAGGUAACUGAGAGGUUAACACCACGCACGCAUCUCUGUUUUGAAGGAACUGGAGCGGAGGCAGGCUGCGCACACUCUCUGUCUGCAGGAUUGGAACGUGGUUACCCCAGUCAACUUUCUCUCAAGUCGUCGGGGCAAAGAGGAAGAAAUACGAGGAAUAGGAUAAACGACUGGAGUGGUUACCCUCCUUCUCCUCCUCACACGGUAAAUUGAAUGAAGGGGCUCUUUCCGACUCGAAAAGUAUGAAACAAGCUCAUGUAGCCUGGGCAUUGAUUUAAUAUACCCGUCCCGUCCUUGACUUCGUUGUUGUUUUUGACGGUUACACAUGUGUCGGGAAUGCUACCAUGGCCACGCCGAACAGCCUUCAGCAGCAGCAGGAUUACUUCAGAAGCGUCAGCAACGAAUCCACAACGUAUAUGAUGGUCCCGGCCACGGCAAACACGCGUCGCGAUGCCGCGCCAUCCAAGAUGUGGAUCGCAAUGGUGGUGAUUGUGGUGAUCGUUCUACAGAUUGCCUCGACCACCGGACUGUUCGUGUACCUGAAUAUGUCAGUAUCACAGGUGCGUAGCCAGGGUGUAACAGAGGAGCUGAAGUGUCUCAGUCUGUUAAAUGCUCUGGAUAAAGACCAAGACAUCCCAGAGAACCUGGCUCAGCUGUUUGGAGAGCCCUGCAUCAAACUGGCUGAGGGCAUCAAGGCCUACAUAUCUAAGGUGACAGAGAACAUAAUCUCAAAGCAGACGUUUCAAGAAGCGAGAACGUUACCUCACACCUUCAACACUUCGGGGUCAAAGUUCGCUACCUCUGUGCCCCAGCGGCCGUCAGCCCACCUGACCCUCAGAGACAGCAGCACUCAAGGGUCUCCCAUGUAUCCCACCCCCCAGCCCGACCUCCACCAAUCAUGUCGCCACCCAGUCCGCUCGUGGACCAAUCAGAGCUUCGGAGCCCACCUUCACAACAUGACCUUAGCCGAUGGGAGGCUGCGUGUGCCCAAGGAUGGGCGUUACUACAUGUACUCUCAGGUCUACUUCCGCUACCCGUCGCCCAGUGAAGGGGACCAGCCAACAGCCAGUCACCAGCUGGUCCAGUGUGUCUACAAGAAGACGUCCUACCUGCGGCCCAUCCAGCUGUUGAAGGGCGUAGGCACUAAGUGUUGGGCCCCAGAGGCAGAGUACGCCCUCCACUCUGUCUACCAGGGAGGGCUGUUUGAGCUGAGGGCCGGGGAUGAGCUCUUCGUCUCUGUCUCUUCCCCCACCAUGGUUCAUGCAGAGGAGUCAUCAAGUUAUUUUGGGGUGUUCCGUUUGGAUCUGUAAAUGGAGGGGGAGAUGGAGGAGAGCGAGAGGGGAGACCACUGCCAGAAGAGGGUAUGGGGUGGGAUGAAAAGGAUAGGAUGAGGAACGGAGGCACCGUGAGGACACUGCCAGAGUGAGGAAUUAGGGGGUGAAAGGAUGGAUUAGAGGAGAGGAGGAGGGAAGGGUGAGACCCCAAGGACUAACUCUCCCAUUCUUUCCAAAGUGAAUUGUAAAUAGAUCUGGAGAUUCUACAUGUGAAGGAGGGAGUUAUGAACCUGAAAACAUUGGAUGGACACAGAGGAUCAAAAGACAGAAGAAUGUAUUCAUUUAUAAUUCACAUCAUAUAAUGUGGAACAGAACGGUAGCAGAAAAAAGGGCAAAGGGUAUGUGAUGAUGUGACAGCCAAGAGUGGUGCAGUAUGCUCGCUGUAUCUGUGCCAUUUAUACAUACAUUACAUACUGCCUGUAUAGAAAGGAGUUGAGCACAGAACUAGAAUGAGUUGUAUUCUAAUCAUUCUAUUUCUGUGAAGUUGACUGUCUGUUCCAAAGGUUCUAACUGGACAUUCGGCGGUUUGGGAAAUUAGAACAAAUACUAAUAUGUUGUAUACAAGACCAUUUAGAGAAAGAAGAAGAGUGGAUAACUUUUGCUCGCUGAAUUGUUGAGGACUUUUAAACUUUGGAUGUAAGACAGUUUGGAAGAGGACUCUGUUUUGUUGUUGUUUAAACGACAUUGGAGACUGUUGAACACAGUUAUGGAUUGAAUAAAGGAGAAGAAGAGGAGGAUAAGGAAAGGGCAGAGGAAUGGAACAGACCGUACAAAGAAAGGACAGAGAGAGCGAAAGAGGGGUAUGCGGCCCUACCAGUCUCUUAAGUAAACUUUGUCUCUCUUGCUCUCUCUUUCUCUCUUGCUCUCUCUCUCUCCGGAAUCUCGCUGGUCUCCACCUGUCUGUCCAGUGUAACCUGUGGAACAGCAUACUGAUGCCGGGAAACACACACACACACACACACACUGUCGGACCUACUUUAAGCCCAUGCCAGUCAGCAACAAUUGGCAGAAAGUAAACACACUUUAAUCUAAACACAAACCAUACACAGCACAGCAUGGCUCCCUGCCCUACAGACACACUUCACUUCUCUCUCUGAGACACACACACACACAACGCCUCCCUUUGUUGUCUGGUAAUUGUCAGUGCACAUGCGGAGGCUGUGUGUGUGUGUGUGUGUCUUCAGUGUUCAUUGGCUCCGUGGUUGUCUCGGAGGAAGGUUAAACAAACAUACAGUAGGGUUUGUUUGGGGGCGCGCCUGCCAGCUUUGUAUUCUUUGUUUUGCAGAGAAACAUGCAACACACACAAACACUUUCUCUCUCUCAAAGAGGAACACGAAAUACACCCACACACACACACAGUCAGACACACGAGAGGGACACGAGACACAUGCAGAAAAACACACAAACACACAGACACACAAGAGGGACUCCGCAGAACACGCAACACAUUCAAAUGCAUAGACAUACACAUGAUAGGGACUCCGCAGAACAUGCAACCCACACGCCCACACUCUCUCUCUCUUACACAUACACACGCACACACAUAACACACAAAACUGGGUGACGAUUAACCACCUCUUCCAAGAAUCUGUGGUGGGUUGUAUCUGUGUGUAUAGUGUAUGUACAGAUGUAGGAUCUUAAUUUGAUCCAGUUUUCUAAUGCAGGAACAUAAUCCUGCAGCAACAGUAAAUGUGAAUUGUUAUAAUUCUUGGACAUUUUUGUGGGGGAAAUUACAAACUUCAGAAGUCUUUUUAAACCUCAAAUACACAACCAUUUAGAAAUGUCCUGCCAUGCAAAUUAAGAGCCUCCAUCUGUAUAGUUCUUAUACCGUGUAAACUUGAGGGAGAGGGUGGAGACACCAAGUGAACCAUAAAUUGUUUUGUUUUUUUCACACGUGUGACAGCCGUCUUUAAUUGUUUGGUUGCUGUUUUAAUCCUGUCACUUCCAACAUUUUUUUACUUUGAUCAAGUUUGCUCACUGGACCUUCGCUCAAACAUAUAGACACUCCUACUAGUUGGAGGAGCCCCCCAAAAACACUACACCCCACUAACGUUACCAAGCCAUCUGCCAGUUAAGUUAAUUCCGAUAACUUUCCCAAAAUGUUGGAAGAUUGCUAGAAUUAGAAGGGAAUAAGCAGGAAACCCGUGAAUCCUAACACACUAGGCCAUUUAGCAGACACUAGCUGGCACAGCCACAAAGUCAUACAACCUUAAAUGAAGACACAAAAGCUCAUUUUAGUUUUCAUGCAUUUUUACAAUCUAGCCAAUUUUGACUUUGCAGCUGGCCUAAGGGGAAAUCGCUCAGUUCUGCCUCCAGGACAAGACUCAUGUCAACCUGGUACAUUUUCCUAUUAGUGACUCCAACGGGUAUAAAACCCAUGACCCUGGUAUUGCUAGCGUCAAUGUUUUACCAACUGUGCCACACAGGACCCCAACAUGUAUUUGUUUGAAAACCUCAGAUUUUGGGAAAAUAACUAAUUUUGCAACCGUAAACAAGACAGAAUAUGUUACAGAUACAUUGUUCCCCAGCAUGUUCCUCUUUGGGUCGAUAUAUCAUUGUUGUUCUGUUUCAUAGAGUGUAGUACAACACACACACUCAAGGUUUCCCAACACACAAUCUGACAACAGUUAUGAACAUGGACAACACACACACACACACACAUUGGAGCUGUACGUCUAUUACAUACAUAUUCAGUCCAGCAAAUACAAUUUCUUUACUUUGUAGCAUGUUGGUUAUGUGAAUAUGCCAUUUUUGUGUGUUACAGAACAGUGGUUCCCAAACUUUUUAUAGUCCCCGUACCCCUUCAAACAUUCAACCUCCAGCUGCAUACCCCCUCUAGCACCAGGGUCAGUGCACUAUCAAAUGUUUUUUUUUGCCUGCCACACACACACUAAGUGAUACAUUUAUUAAACAUCAGAAUGAGUGUGAGUUUUUGUCACAACCUUGCUCGUGGGAAGUAAACGAAGAGCUCUUUUUAGGAACAGGGCACAAAUAAUCAUAUAAUAAUAAUCAAUAAUUUUGCUCUUUACAUAUAAAACCUUAUUUGUUCAUUGACAAUUGUGAAUAACUCACAACAGGUUAAUGAGAAGGGUGUGCUUGAAAGGAUGCACAUAACUCUGCAAUAUUGGGUUCUAUUGGAGAUAAUUUUCUACACAGUCUGUGCCUGUAUUUAGUUUUCAUGCUAGUGAGGGAAUCCACUCUCACAUAGGUACGUGGUUGCAAAGGGCAUCAGUGUCUUAACAGCGCGAUUUCAAAAGGCAGGAUACUCUGAGUGCAGCCAAAUCCAGAAAUAGGUGGCUUCAUGGGCUUCUGAUUAAAUUCAAUUUUCACAGAACCGCUUGUUGCAAUUUCGAUGAGGCUCUUUUGUUCAGAUAUCGGUAAGUGGACUGGAGGCAGGACAUGAAAGGGAUAACGAAUCCAGUUGUUUCUGUCAUCCGUUUUGGGAAAGUACCUUCAUAACUGCACACCCAAUUCACUCAGGUGCUUCGCUGUAUCACAUUUGACAUUGUCCAUAAGCUUGUGUUCACACAAAAAAUCAUACAAUGAUGGAAAGUCCUGUGUGUUGUCCUCAAUAAAGACAGAGAAGAGCUCCAACUUCU